CCCUCUAACACUGUAAGCUUUGACACAAACAACUGAGAUAGUGAAAAGAAAGGAGAGAAUGGGAGAAGGAGGAGGGGGAAGAAGAGGGACUUCAAAGCUGAAAGAAGCAGCAAGGAAGGUGGCUGUGGCAGCAGCAUAUGCAUGUGGCUCAUUCUCAAGGAGAAAGGCUUUGGUGGAUCCAGUAUCCAUUGACACGUCUUGUAGUCUAUCUGCCACUACCUCAAUUUCUUCAUUUGUGUCUCCAUCAAGAACAAAGAAUUCCCCAAGGGAGGUAAUGGAGGAAACAGAUUCUGGUAUCAGUACCAACAUCAACAAUGAGCUUCAUGGCAAGGUAAUCCACAACUUUGGUUCCCACCACUCUUCCUCCCGAGCACGAACAAGUACAAACUAUGAAGGGAUUGGUUAGGGUUCAUUUAAAUAAGGGCUUAGGGUAAACAACUGUGGAGGAUUUCAGUUAACCACGUGGAGGAUUUCAUUUAAAAAAAACCUUUAAACUUAAUGCAUAAUGCCACGAAUAUAAAAUUAUUUACAGAUCAGCACAGUGCAAACGGCAUCAGUGGCUAGUUAACGGUGAGGGCUUUAUUGCCUCAAAUUAACAAAUAUUA